AUGUGCAAACCCAGCGACGAUUUCGAAGGACCUCGCAAUGUGGUGAUUGCCGGUGCAGGACCUGCCGGUCUUCUGUUGACAGCUCUGUUGAUGCAACGCAACAGUGAAUUGUCUACGCCUCUCUACCGUGUCACUCUUGUGGACAACCGACGCAAUUUUGGAUUGGUGAGCCUAGAAGAACUGACAAAAUCCUACCGCAGUUGGAUGCUGGGAUUGGCGGGGCAUGGAUGCAAGGCAUUGCAGACCUGUGAGGGUUUGUACCAGGAAUACUGCAAGGAAGUUGGAAUUGAACUUCGGUCGCUCAGUCUCCAUUUGGGUGCCAAGGAAAUCAAGCCAACCAUAUCGCCCGAAGAUUUGGUGGACAAUGAAAAUUUCAUCGUCGAUCGCAACUUUAUCGUGGCGGCCAUUGCCAGGUUUGUGGAGGAAAAGUACCACGACAAUGACAUGUGUACCACUCUCUACGACCACAAACUGCUCUAUGUGGACUACGAAAAGCGCCGGGUUCUGGUUCGAAACGAAAAGGACGACCAAGAAUUCUACAUGCCCUAUGACCUCCUUGUGGGUUGUGAUGGAGUGCGAAGUGUGGUCCGAGAGGCUCUAGUCAAGCGACACAGCACCUUUGAAAUGGAUGUGGGCGAUAUCUUCCAAACAUUCAAGGCCGUUCAUGUGGAACGCCCUCCUUCUGUGGACCUUGCUAGUCUGCACCUGUUGCCCGCUGUCUUUCCAGAAAUGACUGGAAUUGCGCUACCUGAAACGGGAAACAAGUUGAACAUUGGCAUUGGUGUUGCUCGGCAUUUGUUUGACCAGUUGCCAGCGGAACUCAAAUCGGACGAUCCCAAGGUGGUAGCGGAAUAUGCCCGCCAGAACUUCAAGGCAUUUGAACUCGUUGACUAUGACGACUUUGGUGAGCAGUGGGCCAAUCAACGAUGGAAUCGCACCGGACAAGUCCACUGCAACUUUUACCAUUCGUCCGAAAUAUCCGUUGCCAUUAUGGGUGAUGCGGCGCAUGCCACCUCGCCAUCUAUUGGAAUGGGUAUGAACACGGCUUUGCGUGAUGCACAGGUCUUUUACCAACUCUUGCAAGAGCACAAGGACAACUUGACUGAAGUGUUGCCGGAGUUUUCCAACAAGCGUGUCAAGGAAGGCAACUCCCUCACGGACUUGGCCAUGCAUUUGUACUGCAUGGAUACACGACAACAACUCUUUGAAACCAUUCACAUGAUUGUUCGUGGCGCUCUACAUAAAAUGUUGCCCUCGUUGAUUCUUGACCAUCCACAAAAUAUGAUCGGAAGGGUCAAGUUCCAACUCAGCGACGUCUACAAUCGGGCCAAGGUGGUGGGAGUGCUGGAUAAGCACCGUCGUAUCAACGCCGAAACUCGACAAGCCUACUUUGAAAAAACGAAUGGAAUGACUUCUCCCGAAACACAGGCCAUGACGAAGGGAGGCUGGAUGUCAUCCAAGACUUUGCUCUCUGGUGCUGUCGUCGUCGCCGGUGUCGCCGUUGGUUAUUUCCAAUGGAUGGCGCACUGCAUGUAA